AUGGAAACGCGGCCUGAGGAGGGCGAAGUUCCAUGGCAACUAGCUUUAAGAGAAAAUGGAGAGUUCAUAUGUGGCGCAGCCCUGAUAUCUCCGCUGUGGGCCCUCACUGCGGCUCAUUGCGUUGAUAAGCAUAGCAAUUACAACAAAACCGAACCAGGCUUCCCAAACGACAUCGCCCUGAUCAAGUUUAGCAGACCGUUUCCAGUCAAUGACCACAUAAAACCAGUAGUCAUGGCAUCCGAAAUGAACAAUGACUUUGCUGGAGCAAAAUGUGCCAUCUCCGGCUGGGGAAAACUUGGUGGUAAGUUUGCCUGGGGCGACAGUGGUGGACCUCUGGUGUGCGACGGUGUCCUGAUUGGUGUCACUUCCUGGGGAGUGGACACCUGCAGCGCCAACUUUCCCAGUGUCUACUCACGAGUUAGUCAUUACAGGGCCUGGAUAGACACCGUCCGUGCCACGAUGAGGCUGUGAACAAAUAGCUUGACAAAUAAAAUGGAGGGA